AUGUUUCUCGCGGCAACCCAGUGCCAGUACAUUGUCAAGUACGGCGAUGGUUCGAGCACCACCGGGACCUAUAGCACCGACACGCUCGCGCUGGGCUCCAACGCCGUGAGCAACUUCCAGUUCGGGUGCAGCAAGUCUGAAUCGGGCCUCCUUCUCAACGACCAGACCGCUGGGCUCAUCGGGCUCGGCGGCGCAACCUUGGGUUUCACCGUCAAGACGCCGAUGCUGAGGAGCAAGCAGCUCCCGACGUUCUAUUUCGUGCAGCUUGAGGCCAUCAGGGUGGGAGGCAAGCAGCUCAACAUACCCACCUCCGUCUUUUCGGCCGGCUCGAUCAUGGACUCCGGCACAAUCAUCACGCGCCUGCCGCGGACCGCGUACUCGGCGCUGUCGUCGGCGUUCAAGGCCGGCAUGAAGCAGUACCCGCCGGCACAGCCCAGGGCCAGGGGCAUCCUCGACACGUGCUUCGACUUCAGCGGCCAGUCCACCGUCAACAUACCGAGCGUCACACUGGUGUUCUCCGGGGGCGCCGUCAUCGACCUGGCCUUUAACGGGAUCAUUCUGGACAACUGCCUCGCCUUCGCGGCCAACCGCGAUGACAGCUCCCUCGGCACCAUUGGCAAUGUGCAGCAGCAGACGUUCGAGGUGCUCUACGACGUUGGUGGCGGCGUCGUCGGGUUCAAGGCAGGCACAUAUGUAUAA